ACCAAUAUAACUCCCUCGCGUGACACAUUCCAAGCCCAGGACCGAACGCAACACUCCCCACCUUCUCCUUCUCCUUCCUCUUCUGCUUCCUCCUUCCUCCUACCUCCUUCCUCUCUGUAUCUUUUUUGCCCUGCUGGUUGGGGUUCCUUGGCUCUUCCAUGCUCUCUGAGAACUCGCUGCAUCUUGUAAAUGCAUCCAUGCGCUGAGGGCCUACCGGGUUUCGCCUGCAUUGCUGUUUCGCUCCUGGUGUUGAGUCUUGUCCUUGUUGCACUCGGUGAAGCUUCUUCCUUUGGGGAUCGGCCAUGCCAGCUCUCGUCAAUUAUGGAGGUGAAGAUCAAUUCUUCGGUGGUGGAUCUUUAUGUACAAGUUCUAUCGACUUGGAUCGUUUGUACUCGAUGGGUUCCAGUAUGGACAUAUACUGCCCUCCCCACAAGCGGGCUCGCGUAUGUGGCCCCUAUGCCGUCAGCUCUUACGAGUAUGAGGGGGAACAUCUAUCUUCCAUCGAGGAACUCCCGGAUGAAUGCCUCUUUGAGAUCUUCAGACGGCUUCCCAGCGGUAGAGAAAGGAGCUCCUGUGCCUGUGUCUCCAAGCACUGGCUUUUCCUUUUGAGUAGCAUGCGCAGAACUGAAAUAUCAGGUGAAGUCGAUAACUCAGCAAAGGAGGACAAAGAGAUGAAGACUUCACCGUCUGGUGAUGUUGAAAUGGUUUCGUGUGAUGCAAGUGGAGGACUUGAGGGAGAUGGGUACCUCACGAGGUGCUUGGAGGGGAAGAAAGCGACGGAUGUCAGACUUGCUGCUGUAGCAGUGGGAACUAAUGGUCGUGGCGGUCUCGGGAAGCUUUCAAUCCGGGGGACCAGGUCUACUCGUGGAGUCACAAACAUUGGGAUAUCCGCAAUUGCCCGUGGCUGCCCUUCUCUUCGGACUCUUUCUUUGUGGAAUCCGUCUUCAAUUGGGGAUGAUGGUUUAGUCGAAAUAGCCAAAGAAUGUUGUCUGCUGGAGAAGCUUGAUCUUAGCCAUUGUCCUUUUGUUUCCAACAAGGGUCUGAUUGCUAUAGCAGAAAAUUGUCGAGAUUUGAUUUCUUUAAACAUCGAAUCUUGUCCAAAGAUUGGGAAUGAGGGCCUAGAAGCUAUAGGAAGGUGUUGCCCUCGGCUGCAAUCAAUCUCCAUUAAAGACUGCCCUCUAGUCGGAGAUCAUGGAGUUGCAAGUUUGGUAUCUUCCGCUUCUUCUGUCCUGAGCAAGAUAAAGCUUCAGGGAUUGAAUAUAACAGACUUCUCUCUUGCAGUAAUUGGGCAUUUUGGCCUGGCUGUCACUAGUCUUGUCCUUGGCGGUCUUAGAAAUGCGAGUGAGAAGGGCUUUUGGGUCAUGGGCAAUGCUCAGGGUCUCAAGAAAGUGUCAACCUUGACAGUUGCCUCCUGCCACGGAAUCACGGACGUGAGUCUAGGGGCCAUUGGAAAGGGUUGCACAAACUUGAAGCAGAUGUGCCUCCGUAAGUGUCACUUUGUAUCUGAUUCUGGGUUGAUAACUUUUGCAAGGGCGGCUAGUUCUCUUGAAAAUCUACAAGUUGAGGAAUUGGACAGGAUCUCCUUGGGAGGAGUUAUUGGUGUGAUCUCAAACCGUGAAAUGAAGCUGAAGUCUCUAUCUAUUGCUAAGUGCAUGGGAAUUAAGGACCUUCUACAAGGAUCUUUGAUGCUCUCGUCUUGCACAUCUCUUCGAUCAUUAUCGAUCCAAAAUUGCCCAGGAUUUGGCAGUGCUAGUUUGGCCAUGGUGGGAAAGUUGUGCCCUCAUCUGGAGCACAUCGACUUAACCGGCCUUUGUGGAAUAACAGAUGCUGGGCUUUCCCCUCUUCUGGAAAAUUCAGAGGCAGGACUUGUGAAAGUUAACCUCAGUAACUGUCUAAACAUCACCGAUGAAGCAGUUUCCACCUUGGUCCGGCUACAUGGAGGGACCCUUGAGCUGCUUAACCUUGAUGGUUGCAGGAAAGUCACGGAUGCAAGCUUGGUGGCAAUCACAGAUAAUUGCUUGUUACUCAACGACCUCGACAUGUCAAAAUGCAGCAUUACUGAUUCGGGUGUCUCAGUCCUCUCCUCAGCUGGACACCUCAAUCUACAAGUACUUUCUUUGGCUGGUUGUUCAAUGGUCUCAAGUAAGAGCGUGCCUUUCUUGAAGAAGUUGGCUGGGAGUUUAAUUGGCCUGAAUUUGCAGCACUGCCGUUCCAUCAGCAGUAGCAUGGUUGAACUGCUAGCAGAGAGCUUGUGGAGAUGUGAUAUCCUCUCCUAGUCAAGAAAAUGAAUCAAAAUGGUCAUCGACCGGUUGGCCCGGUAGUGAUGUGAGAAAGAAUAAGGUAAUAGCUUUAGGAUUGUGAUGGGCAGCAGCAAGUUUAAGAGUAGGUUUUUUAGGCCGUUUAGUCUUGUCGGGAUGGACAAUCAGUGGCUUGGUUGUUUUCCAGGGAAUUUUUGGCAAACUAGUACACCACCUAUACCCUCUUUUUUGCAAGCUUUCGGGUCUGAGAAGGCUUGUUGUAAUCGUUUUCCUUCCGAUUUUGGAGGGCCGCCUCUUUAGUGGCCAUUGUUCCUGGAGAAGUCAGUCAUCAAGUUCCUGAGAUUAUGUUUCCUGCUUGUGGAUAUCUUGUGCUUGACAAUGUAAGGUCUGUUCAUGUACUGCUGGUUGCUCUUAUCCAAUGUUUUAGCUAUGUCGAGCAUUUCGUGUAUUCAUUUGUCUUAUAUAAUUUUUCUUUUUGAGUC